AUGAAUAUUAAUUAUUCUCAAUGAAGGAGAAUGAAAGCAUUGAUAGUUAUUUUGAGAGAUUCUCUACAAUCAUCAACAAUCUUGACAUGCUCGGAAAGUAUUACACCGAUCAUGAGCUUUUCUGGAAAAUUCUGCGUUGUAUGACUCCUGAGUGGAAAUCCAAGGUGAACGCCAUAACUGAAGGAAGAGACUACAAUGUCUUAACUUAUGAUACUCUUCGUGGGAAACUACUCACAUAUGAAACUACUACUCCUCAUCUAUGUGGUGAAGACAAGAGGAGGAAAUCUAUAGCUUUGAAAGCCACCAAGGAAGUUGUAGAGGAAAAUGAAGAAGAUGAUGAUGAAUCACUAAAUUCAGAAGAUAAUCCCGAACUUGCACUUGUCAUCAAACGCUUCAACAAGUUUAUCAAGAAAAGCUUCAAGCCAAGGAGAGACAAUGGCAAGAAAGCUACACCACCUAAAUGCUAUGAAUGUGGUGAGAUAGGGCACAUCAAGCCUUAUUGUCCUAAGUUGAAGCAAGGGAAGGACAGGAAGUUCAAGAAGCAAAAAGCAUACAUCUCAUGGGAGAAUGAUCAUUCAUCUUCCGAAACAAGUGAUGAGGAUGAAGAAACGGCAAAUCUUUGUCUAAUGGCUACCGAGGAAGAGCCGGCCGGCGUUUGCAACCCAAAAGCUGCCAUCGUCACCGCAGACUUAACGAACUCCGCAGCAACUCAUCGCCGUCCUUCUUCCUCGAACUCUGCGUCUUUUGAGUUCUAUAAUCCAGAAAAUCCCCCACUUUUUGGGGGAAACGAUUUCCCGAAGAGCCCAAUCGAAAGAUUUCCCGCAGAGAAAUGCUGCGCACAGAACCGUCCUUCGAGAUCUACAGUUCCGACGAAGGGCUGCCGCCGGGAGAGACAGAUCACGAAGAUCUGAUCGAAAAAGAGGUCGCGGGCAUCAGGGAGUUCAGUUUUCGGACGAUCGAUGAAGACGACGGCGGCGAAGGAGAGAAUGAACGGGAAGAAGAUGCGGACGAUGAAGAUAAGUCUAAGGAUUUGAGAUUUGACGGGCCCGGGGAUGGGGAUGAAGAAGAGAUUGGGAAUUACUACAAGAGGAUUCUCAAAGACGAUCCUUCCAACCCUUUGUUUCUCAGGAAAGUCGCUCAACUUUUGCAGUCAAAGGGAGAUACCGCAGGAGCCGAGGAACAUUAUUUUCUUGCUACUCUCUAUGAUCCUAAAGAUGGGGAAACUCUAAUGGAAUACGCUAAGUUGGUUUGGGAGCUCUACGGUGAUAAAGAUAGAGCCUUUUGUUAUUUCAAGCGUGCUGUUCUUGCUGCUCCUCAAGAUAGCCAUGUUAUUGGAGCAUACGCUAGAUUUCUAUGGGAGAUUGGUGAUGAAGACGAUGAGCUGAAGGAAGAGGCGUCCGGAGAAGAAGAUGAAUAUCAUUCAGGUGCAACGCUGCGAGCUGACGCCAGUGAUGGAGAAAUUAUCUCAGAAUAUGCAAAAUUCAUAUGGAAACACCAUCAAGACAGAGAAAAAGCAUCAUUCUAUUUUGAGAGAGCAAUUCAAGCUUCUCUAGAAGAUAGCAACGUGAAGGCCGCAUAUGCAAGCUUUCUAUGGGAAACGGAGGAAGGAUGAAGAUGACGAUGGAGGGUUCAUAAGCACACUCGGUCAAGACAAUGGAGCAGCAAGUCAAAAAUCUUUUUUUAAUAACCCAGAGGCAAAGUUUAAAAUGAACAUAAUGCCUUAGAGUGUAUGUUUGUAAGAACUUAUUUUAAGAUCUAAAUAAGUUAUCAAGUUUUGU